UAUUAACUAACAUUGAGGAUCAGGGGACACGCCGCUGUUGCUGGUGCUAUCACGUCGAGUAAAUAAAGGCGUAACAGCGACUAUUUGUGAUUUUGUGUAUGUUCACACAGACGGCUCUGUGGAAACCAGUUCUCUAACUGCUCAAAUAACAUGUUUUUAUCUUCACGCUAUAAUGGACAGAGUCCACAUGACAAAGGACUUUACUUCUCUCUAAUCUCUGCCUCGGAGCUGCUCCUCACCUCUCGCUAUCGUUCCUGCCCUUUGAUAUCUGCUGUCCUCCUUCCUCUCAUUUCCUUAAUGGCCGCACGCGAACAGAGCCGUGGUCACGACGCACGGCGACACACCGUUCAGCCCGUUCUGUUCUGUUGAGCAGCAUGUUGCAGUCGGUGGAAGAGUGGCUGUGGUGGGAGCAUCUGUGGCUGCCUCGAAACGUGUCCUGGGCCGAUCUGGAGGACGGCGAGGGUCGCGUCUACGCCAAAGCCUCCCACCUCUACGUCGCCCUGCCCUGCGCCUUGUGCCUGCUCUUGGUCAGAUACGUGUUCGAGAGGUACCUGGCUGUACCCGCGGCCGCCGCCUGGGGAAUCAGGGACAGCGUACGGCGGCGAGCGGAACCCAACCCCGUCUUGGAAAAGUACUUCUGCAGCCAAGCCCGGGUUCCAUCACAUGCUGACGUGAUGUCUCUCAGUAAGAAGACCAGUUGGCCGGAGAGGAGGGUUGAGGUCUGGUUCAGGAGGCGGAGGAACCGGGAUCGACCGGGCCUCCAGAAGAGGUUCUGUGAGGCCAGCUGGAGGUGUGUGUUUUACUCGUGUGCGUUUGUUGGCGGGAUCCUCGUUCUCUAUGAUAAACCUUGGUUUAGUAAUCUGAGGGAGGUUUGGGUAGGCUUCCCUAAACAGUCCAUGCUGUCGUCCCAGUACUGGUAUUACCUCUUGGAAAUGGGCUUUUACCUUUCUCUGAUCUUCAGCCUCGCGUUUGAUGUGAAACGGAAAGAUUUUAAAGAGCAGGUCAUUCAUCAUAUAGCCACACUAACUCUUCUGAGUUUCUCCUGGAUUUCAAACUACAUCCGUAUCGGCACCAUCGUCAUGGCCAUUCACGACUCGGCUGACAUUCUAUUAGAGUGUGCAAAAGUAUUCAACUACGCAAAGUGGCACUCGACGGCUAACGGCCUGUUUGUGGUGUUUACAUUCGUCUACACUGGCACAAGACUUGUUAUUUUUCCUUUCUGGGUGAUCCACUGUACAUGGGUGUACCCGCUGGACUGGUAUCCUCCCUUCUUUGGCUACUACUUCUUCAAUGUCAUGUUGCUGGUGCUGCAGAUACUCCACAUCUACUGGGCUGUUCUCAUCGCACAAAUGGUUUAUAAGCUGAUCUGUGGCAAGCUUGAAGGCGACGACAGGAGUGAUGAGGAGGAGGACGACAGUGAUUCACCAGAGGAACGGAGACACAAGCUGAAUCACUCGAAUGGUGCAGGCGUUAGAGGUCGGGCUAACGGCCAUUGACAGAGACUGACACAAACAAACUGAGUUGGUAAUUCAGUUUGGAAUAAGGCUGUAAAAAGCUUCUUCAAAGUAAAUACCAGUAAAUACACCUAAUACACUAGUAUUUUUGAAGGAACCGUGAAGGAUAACACACAAAUGUAUGUGACACUUGUUUUCUGGAGUUCUGAAUUCAGAGUAUUUAAUCAAAUUUUACUGUAGUCUUCAUUAAAAUUACAAAUUAAGAAAAACUA